CCCUUCAAAAUCCCUAGUUCUUUCUUCGUCGUUUUUCGCUACAAGCACUAAAUCUGAAAAUUUUCCAACUACUGGAAGAAAGUCUUUGAUAUUAUAAUUCGAUUCGAACUAUUGUGUUGCAAAAAUUCAUAUGUUUUUGGUUGCAGAGGGCGAUUUGUCUUUAGGUGUUUGAAUGGUUCCAAUAGAUUCUUCAGGAGUUGUAAUGGCUGAAGAGAAGGAGCAGCAUCACACCAGGAAACGACGACGUCUUACAUGGGAUGUGGCAGCAUCACCAGCAGAACAACAAGAGGCUGAACUACGGCAGCCUGUGUUAUGUCGCCACAUCUCGCCGCCAAAAAGAGAGGAUGAUCGUGAGGGGCAUUACACAUACAGUCUUGGGGAGAAUCUAACUCCUAGAUAUAAAAUACUGAGCAAGAUGGGUGAAGGCACAUUUGGUCGAGUUUUGGAAUGUUGGGAUCGUCAAACCCGCGAAUAUGUAGCAAUCAAGGUAAUCCGAAGCAUAAGAAAAUAUCGUGAUGCAGCAAUGAUUGAAGUUGAUGUACUUCAACAACUUGCUAAGAAUGAUAAAGGCAGAUCACACUGUGUGCAGAUCCUGAACUGGUUUGAUUAUCGCAAUCAUAUAUGCAUAGUGUUUGAGAAGCUUGGACCAAGUUUAUUUGAUUAUCUAAAGAGAAAUAAAUACUGCCCAUUCCCCGUGGAUCUUGUUCGGGAAAUUGGACGUCAGCUUUUGGAAUCUGUAGCAUAUAUGCAUAGUUUAUGCUUAAUCCAUACUGACCUGAAGCCGGAAAAUAUACUUCUUGUAUCUCCUGAAUAUUUAAAGCUUCCUGGCUACAAGAGGGCUUCACAGGGUGAAACGCAUUUCAGGUGCUUGCCAAAGUCAAGUGAAAUUAAGCUGAUUGAUUUUGGCAGUACUGCUUAUGAUAAUCAAAAUCAUAGCUCCAUUGUUUCUACAAGACACUACCGAGCACCUGAAGUUAUUCUAGGCCUUGGAUGGAGUUACCCUUGUGAUAUGUGGAGUGUUGGUUGUAUACUUGUUGAAUUAUGCUCGGGUGAAGCCUUGUUCCAGACUCAUGAGAACUUAGAACACUUAGCGAUGAUGGAGAGGGUAUUGGGACCCUUGCCAGAGCAUAUGGUCAGAAGAGCCAACCGGGGUGCGGAAAAGUACUUCAGACGAUCAAGAUUAAACUGGCCUGAAGGUGCAGUCUCCAGGGAGAGUAUUAGAGCAGUGAGGAAGCUAGAUCGAUUGAAGAAUAUGAUAUCACAGUAUGUUCCAGUUGGAUGUUCAAGAUCAUCCAUUGUUGAUCUGCUUUAUGGGUUAUUGGAGUUUGAUCCUGCGGAGCGUAUCACUGCCCGACAAGCUCUUGAUCAUCCAUUUUUCAGGAACAUCCCUGCAUAAGAUGUAAGGAACGGACCCGAUUCAUCCUUGGUUUUUUCUUUCGAAAUGAGAAUGCUAGAAUUAGUUGGUGGUUGCAGGUCCAUGGUACCAAGUGCUGAUGAGAACAUUCUUGAUUUGGUGGACAAGCACCCGAAGAGAGGAGAGAUGGUGAAGUUUAGGUUGGUAUUCGAAUACAACCAUUGGGCUGAUUCUGGUGGUGGUUUUUUUGACCGAUUCAGAUAAUCAGUUUUUAGUGUGAUGAUCGUCAUCUCUUUUGGGGUUUACAAUGGUGAAUUGGUGAUCGUCGUAAGGAAGGCAUUUGUUCAUGUGUUGAUUGAUGCACAAUAAUUUUUGCAGCUUUUUGAACUUAUAUUCGGCACUGGUAAGGUUGGUUGAUCAUCAAUUUGGGCAGUUGCGUUUAGGUUUUUGGUAGCGUUUGGUGUGUAGGUAGGACAUAACACAACCAAUUGUCUGUCUUGUGCUUGGUACGGACUGGAUCUUUGUGUGAGAUGUUAUAAUGACCAGAUUACCCCUUA